AUGAACGCCUCAUCCAAAGGCCACCUCCCUGUUGUUCGUUACCUCCUUUCCAAACAACAUGCCGAUCCUCUUGUGAGGAACAACUGGGGAGAGACAGCAUACGAUGUUGCUGCCGCGGUGUUUGAGGUUUGGAUAUGUGAGGUUUUGGAGAGAGCGGAGAGGGAAUGGUGGUAUAACCGUAAUUCUGCACACUCCAACCCAAAUUCUCCGUCAAAAAUUCCAUACAAUUCCCUCGCAAUACACACCACCAUUCCUCUCGUCUUAUACGAAAACCAGCGGCUCGAUGCGCGUCUAAAAACACUCGCUACCUCUGGUGGGAAACCUCGGUUCUCUGCUUCCGGUCUCGGCAGGCGAGGAAGGCGCGCGCCGUUCGAGUUGAGGAUACUAUCUGUUGACGACGAUAACAAACGACAAAAUGAAGGAAAUGAGGAUAACACAGUUAAUAAUAAUAUUUAUCAACAUAAUACGACCAUCCCAGCCUGGCGAAGCACUGUUCAACUCCCGCUCCUCGAUAGCCCGUACUCCCUUCCACGGCCAGGCUCAUAUCAUUCUCAAUCACAAGGAUCUACCGGUCCAGAUAGAAGUCAAGAAGAGAAAAGCCAUUUCUGGCUCUCGGAUUGGACUUUGGACGUCACACACCCUGGGGUCGACGCUGAUCAAGGGUGGCAAUACGCUAGAACUUUUGAGGAUCCAGAGGAAGAGUGGACGCCAGAAGUCACGGGUGCAUUGGGGAGGGUUCUGGGUGGAGGGUUGGGUGGAUUGAGUGGAGUUUUGAGGACACCACCUGGACUUGGUCGUUCUUCUUCGAAUUCCGACUCUAGGUCGGGAUCAGGUUCAAAUUCUACCUCGGCUACUCCAACCCCGACAACCUACGUCCGUCGCCGUCGCUGGGUCCGCGUUAUGCGUCGACGUUUGGAUAUCCUUCCUCUCCCCUUCUUAUUCCCAGAUGGAAAAAUGUAUCUGGUGCGUGAGGAUGGGGGGUUGGUUAGGUAUAUCCAUCAUCCUAACGUGAGUGAUGAAGAUGCUUCUCAUCCUAGAUCUCCCGCGUACUGGGAUCCCAAUGCCUCCCCCGAUGAGGUUGCGUAUUCGUAUGGCGAAGAAGGUCAUCAGGAAGGACAAGAAUUAAGCACGAUUCCUUCUAUGUCUUCGAAGGCUCAGGAUUAUGUUAGUCGGGCGAGGUAUCUCGUUGGUUCUCAGACAUGCGGGCUUGAUUCGGAUGGUAUCCAAAAUGGUGACAAUGCAGGUGGAUCACUAUCUGCGGUCGACGCUCGGAGAACUAUAGCUAAACUUGAGAGAGCGACGAUGGAGUUGAGAUUGGGUGUUUCAGGAGACACUGACAUCGAACGAAAAACCCAGGCCCAAGUCCUUCUGCAUACAUAUACCAGGGAGCUGGAGAGACAAAAAGCUAGUGCGGAAGUGCAGGGCUGGGUUUUAACCACUCCGGGUGCUGGAGAAGGUAUCCACGAUGGAGAUGAAUACGACUACGAAGAGGACGACGACGACGACGACGAAUCAUUCCAUUACCCAAUGUCCCCUACUAAUGCAAGUGGGAGUACCAGUAUCCGGCCAUCCUCCCGGUCUAGCUCCUCCAAUCGACCGGAACCAGGCCGCAGCUCCUCCAUCAACUCAGCAACCAACUCCACCAUCUCUGACUUGACCCACCACCUCUCUCAAGCCCCUGAGUUCCGUGUCCCCACACAUGAGGCUCCGCGAUCCCAGACAGUAUCUCGUGCAGGUUCCGGGUGGGGAUCAGGGACCGCCCGAUCUACUACAUGGGUUAUUCCAAGCCCGCAAUAUGUUCAUCAAUGGGAAAAGGACGAUGACGUGAGUCAGUGCAGGGAGUGUAGAAGGAGGUUUAGUUUUUUGCUUCGGAGGCACUGUCGUCGAUGUGGGAAAAUAUUCUGCGAUAAAUGUUCUUCCCAUCGAGCUCUCCUAGAUCCUUCUGAUAUCGUACACGAACCAGGAUCUGUUGCAGAAACAUAUUCUUCGAACCGAUCGAACUCUUCUGGCUCUCAAGGCUCCUCGAAUACCUCCUCUUCCUCCUCUCCACCACAAUCCUCAUCCUCCUCGCACCGCGUCUGUCAAACCUGCUUCGACGAAGUCAGUGGUAAUCUCCCCGCCAGUGUGCAUGGGCUUCUUCGCAGUGCAGGGGGGAUCGCGGGCAUGGAGAGGGUUUUCGUAAAUCAAGAGCGGUUGAGUAUUCCCGAUCCCAGGAAUAGCACGGCAAUGAGGAGACAGACUAGUUCGCAAUUGAGUGAUUUGGCUGAGUGCCCCGUAUGCAACCGCAUCCUGGAGCACGUCGGGACCGCAGCCGAACAAGAAGCGCAUGUCAAGAGUUGUCUAGAAGGUGGCUCGGGAGCAACCCAGCAAGCUGCGAAAUAUCUGGUGUACAGGCUUCCGGCGGAGAGCACGCUCAUCGGAGUUGAAUGCGUGAUCUGUCUAGAAGAGUUUACAAAAGGGUCGAUGGUGGCGCGGCUUAGCUGUUUUUGCAGUUUUCAUAACGCCUGCCUCUCCUCAUGGCUUCAACGAGGCAAAGCCUGUCCCGUUCAUGCCCGUUAG